UUCAUCUCUCUCUAUCGAAACUCAUUUCAUCUCUCUUCAGGUCUCUCUCUAUCGAAACUCAUUUCAUCUCUUCUCCUUAUUCACUCCACUUCUCAGGGAACACUUCUCAUUCUAUCUCCUUCCUCCGCCACUCUCAAAUCCAAAAUCAAUUUCCAUCUCAAAACCCUAAACCCCCAACUCUACCAAGUCCCCGUCGAAAUCACCGCCGACCUCCCCGUUAACCACCGCCACUCCCUCUACUCUUCCGGCUCCGUCUGUUUCAUUACCCCUAGAAUCCUCAUCGUUGAUCUUCUCACUAACAAACUACCUGCCUCAAUUAUCUCCGGACUCAUCAUCCUCAACGCUCAUUCCGUUUCGGAGACUUCCACUGAAGCUUUUAUUGUUAGGAUUUUUCGUUCUCUCAAUCGAAGUGCGUUUGUUCAUGUUUUCUCCGAUAGGCCACAAGCGAUGGUUUCGGGUUUUGCGAAGGCGGAGAGAACUAUGAAGUGUUUGCAUAUUCGUAAGCUGCAUCUUUGGCCGAGAUUUCAGGUUUAUGUUUCGCAGGAGCUUGAGCAGGACCCGCCGGAUGUUGUCGAUAUUAGGGUUCCGAUGAGUAAGUACAUGAUGGGGAUUCAGAAGGCUAUUGUUGAAGUUAUGGGUGCGUGCUUGAAGGAGAUGAGGAAGACGAUAUUCCGGCAGAUGAUAUUCCGGCAUUAAAUCCAAAUGGUCUGGAUCUUGUUUUACUAUGUAUUGUAAAAUGUCAUGCAUGUGAUUUUGACAUUAAAGUUUCCUUGCGCUGCUGCGGUCGUUCACAAGAAUUUGAUGCAAAUAAUAUGAUUUGUCCCGUUUGUGAUGAAAAGUUUGGGGAGGAUGUGAUAAGGACUGUAAAGAAUUCAAGCUUUGAAAUUACGCAUUCGCCUGCUCUGAAUAUGGGAAAAAAACCUGCUCUACGGGGAAACAAACAUGACAGAAUGUUUGGUUCAGCUUUGUAUGAACAUGACAUGACCAAUGCCCCUGAUGUUACUGCUGCAAAAAGCUUUGUGGGGGCAGAUGCACCGAAUACUGGCGGCAAUGAAGGCAAUGAACAGGAUGUUGAAGAGAGAAGUAAGAGGGCUGCAUAUUUUCAAGAGUUGUUUAUGUCAGCUUUAUUCUCAGAAUGAUCAAUAGGAAAAUAGUUUUGAUGGUUGUAAAAAUUUACAGCAUUGAGUUGAUUCUGGUGCAUGAGUUAUUAUUAUUAUAGGUUUAUAACAAAACUUUAGCAUAUUGGAUUGCUAUGCUAGCGAAUUGGAUGGUUGGCUCUAUUUUGGUUACUGAACAAUUUAAAUAGUCACGUAUCAUGGUAGUGGCAGA